AUGUCCUCAUUAAAGAUUUUGAGUAGUAGUGAAGCCCUGUUGGAAACAGUGGAAGCAGAAAUUGGUGAGGCAGAAAGUUCGUUGGUGGAGAUGAGAAAUAGCUUUGAAUGCAGCAGAUGUGAUGAAGGCAGUUUGGAAGAAUGUGCCAAAUCUUGCGCCGAACUUCGUGAGCGCCUAAAAAUAGUGGUGGAUGCCCAUGCCAAGGAACAGCUUGUCAAAGAAUUUGAUGCUAUCGCAAUAUAUGAUAAAGCCGAUAGACGUGCGGCCGACCUUGUCAAAAUUUUGAUGGCUCGUAAGCUAUGGAAAGAAAAUGUUGUUAUUAUUGAAAACUUGGACGGAAAUGAACCGGCACCAGAAAAUGUUGUUGUCAAUUUGCAAAAAGCAUAUGAAUCUCUUUCUGAGUUUCUGGUUGUUCCGGAACGGGCAGAUUUUCUGGAAAAAGUAAAGGAUGUUUUCUUGAGUUGGUAUUCGACACGCAUUGUAUUAGCAAUACAGUCGGAAACACCGGUGGAUGAACUUUUGUCAAUCAAACAAAAAUAUGAAAUGUUGCGAAGAACUGAAGAUUUUAAUAAUGUUAUCAGUCACUAUAUAGAAGAUGAGAACAAAUUUACUUUUCAUGCGGCUAAUAAUUUAUCCGAUUUAUUCUUGGAUGGCCGUAAUAUCAUCAUUUCAAAUUAUAAACGGUUAAUGAAUGG